AUGAAGCUGGAAUCAAAUGGAAAUUUGAGGUCCUAUGGAUGGAUCACUAAUAUAGGGAUAUGGGAGCUGGGAUGGAGUGCUGUGGAAGACCAGUGCAAAGUCUAUGGAUGGUGUGGAAAUUUUGGGGUUUGUAUUUACAAUGGUACAGGUCCAUAUUGCGCAUGCCCAUCUGCAGAUUUUGAUCAGAUAGAUCCGAAUGAUGUCACAAAGGGAUGCAAGAGGCAACAGGAUAUAACACAGUGUAGCAAUAACCAGAGUAUGGUUCAACUGGAUCAUACAGAAUUCUUAUCUUAUCCCCCAGAGUUAGAAUCAAACUUCGAGAUAUAUUAUUUGGGGAAUCCAGAUUGUUGGCAGACCUGCCUUAAGAAUCCGAACUGCACUCCAUCUACAUCGAUGAGUGAUGGUACAGGCACUUGCAGGAUGAAGACGAGCAACUUCACCAGUGCUUAUCAAACAGUAAGCAUUGCAACCACUUCUUAUGUAAAGGUAUGUGGUCCAGGGCGGCCUCUAAGCCCACCUCCUCCUCCUGUCAGUACUGUGAAUGAGUCCAGGGAACCUGCCGGUGGAAUCGUGUUGCUAAUUACCAUUAAUAUUUUGUAA